GCGCGCGUUGUGAAGUAGUAGGGUCUAACUUCUCAUUGACCGAAUACAGUGAAGACUAUAGUUCGUAAAAUUCUACCUAGUUGAUCAAUACAGAUGGAUCUGAUUUGUGAUGUACUACGCAUAAAAUUAAGAGGAAAUCAACAUCGCCUUCUGUAUUUUGAUAAAGAGUUGAAAUAUUUACAGGACCUUAUCACAUCCACAGUUUCAAAAGGUGAAAGUAGCUCUAUAUUGAUAAUUGGUAGAAGAGGUGUUGGUAAACAUCAUCUAAUCAAAGAAGCAAUAAAGAAAGCAAAAGAAAACUCAAAUAUUGGCUCUGGAAUUUCUGAAGUUUACUUAAACGGUUAGUAUUAUUUGUGAUUAUGACUAGUGAUUUCGCUUAACGUAGGUUUAAUUCAUACAGACGAUCGUUCUGCUAUGAAAUCACUAGCUAAACAACUACAUAAUGAAGCCCUAUUAAAUAAUCUAGUCCAAUCAGACUUUAAUCCAACUUCUGAUUCUCACAACAGUAUGAAAAAUUUGCCUUUUUCUCAACAGCUCAAUUUAUUCUUAAAUGAGGUCCGUCAAAAUCAUGGAACUCGAAAAGCUGUUCUAAUUGUCCUGAGUGAAUUUGAUCUUUUUGCUUUACAUCAUAAUCAGUUGUUGUUGUACAAUUUAUUCGAUUGUUGUCAAUCUCCUGAAUCUCGUAUUUGUAUCAUUGGACUAACAUGCCGUUUAGAUGUUAUGGAAUUAUUAGAAAAACGAGUUAAAUCAAGAUUCUCACACCGUCAAAUUUAUCUUACAUCGCCUGGAGCACCGAUUGAGAAUACUGAUUCUUAUGCAUCUGACAACAACGACAGUAACAAUAAUUCACGAUCUGAACCAUUUAAACGAUUUUGUGAAAUUUGUAAACAUUUGCUAAGUGUUGAUAUUCAUGAUUUACCACCACAAUUAUCACCAUUAUUGUGUAAAUCCAACUCUAAAGAGUAUCAUGAAUUAGAGUUGUCAAUUAAAUCGUGGAAUCAUCAUAUUACAAAAUUAAUGGUUGAUGAAAUUGUAAUUGAUUCGUUAAGACAAGCAUGGUCUAUUUCAGUGAGCAUUAAACGUUUGGUCAAUUUGUUGAUUCCAAUAGUUGCUUCGCUUGGACCUGAACACGAUCGUAUUGAACCAGUGCAAUUUAUAGAAUCUUUAUGUACAUUACAACAAGAUUCAAAGCUCACUGCACUGAAGGGUUGUUCCGUAUUGGAGCUAUUUUUAAUUACUGCCAUGGUCAAACUUCAAGAUAUGAAUGAUGGAAAACCGGUUAACUUUGAGAGUUUGUAUUCUGAAUACUUAAAGUUUUGUCGUUCCAAUUGUCCUGGUCAUUUAUACGAUAAACCGGUUGUUAUGAAAGCAUUAGACAAUCUAAUUGACUUUGAACUGAUUAUAUCUGGUAAAGCUGCAAUCACUGCAUCCACUGGUCUAUCAACCGCUGGAUCCAACAAUAAGGCCAUUUGGAGUUCAUCAUCUACUUUACCAAAUUAUCGUCCAUUAUUUUGUUAUGUAGACAGUGAUUUUCUCACCGCUUGUUUAGAUACUUAUCCGAAUUGUCCAGUUGAAUUGCGAUAUUGGAUACAUUCAAGGACGUUUUGAUUAAUUUCUGUUAUUUUCCACGUCUUUUUUCCGAAAAAUAUUUACAUUACAUUAGAGUGUAAUGUUAUGCGCAAUUGUACAAAAUACAUUCAACAGUGUUUGUUUAUUUCUAUUCAAUUGUAAAUCUUCUGUGAAUAAAACCAUCAGAAAG